AUGUCCAACAAACCAUUCCCACCACUUGUGCACCACAAGACCACAUAUCUGCAACCCGCCGAUGCCGCCAAAUCGCUAGCAGCAUACCUCGAAAAAUCGCGAAAAUGCGCCCACCUUCACCCAGACGCAUGGCUUGACCCUACAGGCAUUCGCUUCGGUCCCAAAAGCGGUCCGAAUGGUGGAUGGGCCAUACAUCACCUCAGGCGCAUAGAAGCAGGUCUUCGCGGCGAGUCACUAGCAGUCGAGUCGCGCGAUGACCUUGCAGCUCAACUCGGCGAAGAAGUUCUGAAGGAACAAGAUCCAUACGCCGCUGAAAUCGAAGAGACGAAUGCUGGAGACGACACACGCGUGGACGCGGCAAUUGACGAGACACAACACAAGAACGAAAACGAGAAGACACGGAAGAAGCGUGAGAAGAAGGAGCGUGCCAAGCGUGAAAGGGAAGAACGUGAGGGUGGUGCUUCUACAUCAGCUGGCAGCGAGAGUAGCAAGAAGCGAAAGCGCGCGGCUGAGACAAGCGACGCCGACUCGAAAGCGCCCGGCACUGGAGCCAAUACACCAUACGCAGACUCCAUGACAGCACAUUCGGAAACCUGGCAGACACAGCAAGAGUUCGCGCAAGACCAGGAUAUGCUGGAGGGUGAGAUGGGCGACCGCGGCGCACCGGUCACCAAGCAGGGUGGUGUCCCUGCACCAGUCGUACAGCACGAUCAGCAAGGAGGCGUGAUAGUGCCGAAGAAAGCACUGUCGGCAGAGAAGAAGGCGGCGCGUAAGGCUGCUAAGAAGGCAAGACGAGCUGAGGAGUCGGCAGCUGGUGCCAACACUGCAGCACAAGCCGACGCAGCCUCUGCGGCAAAGAAGCAAUCAUCGUCCCUCGGUCCAGCUGGUGAGCCUCUGGCACCGGGCGCACCAACUUGGCGAAAACAAAUACAUCCGUUCACUGAGGAGGAAGAUGCGACCAUCAUCCGACUGCACGCCAAUGGAGUGAAGUUCAAGCUCAUUGCUGCACAGCUUGACAGAAACACUCUGUCCGUGGAGAAUCGCUUCCACCACCACCUCUCGAGAGGUAAGAUCACUAUCAACAAGUCCGCGGAUCCCCAGACCAAGCGGUACUACUUCAGCAAGGCGGAGGACGAUACGAUUGUGGAGAUGCGCGGGAACGGCAUGGACUUCAGGAAGAUCGCGGCGCGGCUUGGGAGGACCGAGAGUACUGUGAAGCAUCGAUACUACCGCUGGCUCGAGCCUGGUGCAUCCAAAGAGUGA